AUGCUCGACGCGAGCUGGAGAUUCAUUACCAUUGAGCACCCCGAAGCCGAUGACCAGAGCCCAGCCGAUAAACCUGUGAGCACUCAUACUCGUGUCUCUGCCGUGUUCAACAGGCGCAGUCUGGUCUCCAGGAGCGUUUUCAUGGAACUUUGCAAGUCGCCGAAUUAUUCUGUCAAGCCGAUUUUCCGCCAAUGGAAAUUAUUCGGCCCACAAACGUAG